AUUCUUUAAACAGAAAAAAAGUGAAGUUUGUGUUUUCUUGUAAUCCACUGCCUGUUGGAUAUUGACAUUUUGUUGACGUGAAAGCAAAGCCUACAAAAAGACAGCGUACUAUACGCGCCGUCCGUAGUCCUAACUCCUACGCCUUCUUAUACCCCCAUCCACGCACUGAUCACUCAAUUCCACCACCGCUCUCUUCACUUGCUAGCUGCCUUCAAGACCUGUGCUUUGCCUUUAAGAUUGUGGUGGUGUUGUAAGCGGUGAGUGAACAUAUGGGUUCGUGGAAGCUUUCUUGCACUCUUCUUCUGAGCUUUUUCUUCGUCGGCCUUUGUUUUACAUAUCGAUGCUCUGCUGUUGAACUUGAUGCGAACCUGACUGCACGAUUGUUCGUUAAUGCUUCUGCGGGUCGGGUGAUACCAGAAACGCUGUUUGGAAUAUUCUUCGAGGAGAUAAACCAUGCUGGAGCUGGUGGGAUAUGGGGAGAGCUUGUGAAUAACCGGGGUUUUGAAGCUGGGGGGCCUAACACACCGUCAAAUAUUGAUCCUUGGUCUAUCAUUGGUGAUGGGUCAUCUUUAACUGUAUCUACUGACCGUUCUUCUUGCUUUGAGCGUAAUAAGGUUGCACUGAAAAUGGAGGUGCUUUGUAACAGUAAAGGCAAUAAUAUUUGCCGAGCUGGUGGAGUUGGUAUAUACAAUCCUGGAUUCUGGGGCAUGAAUAUUGAACAAGGGAAGACCUAUAAAGUGGUUCUGUAUGUUCGUUCAUUGGGAUCGAUCAAUAUAUCUGUAUCAUUGACAGACUCAAAUGGAUUGCAGACAUUGGCUACUGCCAACAUUAUAGCUUCUGCUUCUGAUGUUCUCAACUGGACAAAGGCAGAGGUUUUAUUGGAAGCCCAAGGAACAAAUCAUAAUUCCAGACUUCAAUUGACAACAUCCCAGAGAGGUGUAAUAUGGUUUGAUCAAGUUUCAGCUAUGCCCUUAGACACAUACAAGGGGCAUGGUUUCCGAAAUGAGCUUGUUGAAAUGCUUGCAGACAUAAAACCUCGGUUUAUCAGAUUUCCAGGUGGCUGUUUUGUUGAAGGUGAAUGGUUAAGAAAUGCAUUUCGAUGGAAGGAAACAAUUGGACCAUGGGAGGAGAGACCUGGGCACUUUGGUGAUGUUUGGAUGUAUUGGACUGAUGAUGGACUUGGUUAUUUCGAGUUUCUUCAACUAGCAGAAGAUCUUGGUGCAUUGCCAGUAUGGGUAUUCAACAAUGGAAUCAGCCAUCAGGAUCAAGUUGAUACCUCCACCAUUUCACCUUUCGUGCAAGAAGCUCUUGAUGGAAUUGAGUUUGCUCAAGGUGAUUGUGGUUCUAAAUGGGGCUCAAUUCGAGCUGCAAUGGGACACCCAGAGCCUUUUGACUUGAGAUAUGUUGCUGUUGGAAAUGAGGAUUGCGGAAAGAAGAAUUAUCAAGGAAAUUAUCUCAAGUUUUAUGAUGCUAUAAAACAUGCCUAUCCUGACAUCAAAAUAAUCUCAAACUGUGAUGGUUCUUCCCGCUCUUUAGAUCACCCUGCUGAUUACUAUGAUUUUCAUGUUUAUACAUCUGCCAACAACUUGUUUUCUAUGGUGCACAAAUUUGAUCGAACCUCACGCAACGGUCCCAAGGCUUUUGUGAGUGAGUAUGCUGUGACUGGAAAAGAUGCUGGCACAGGAAGUCUUUUAGCUGCACUUGCUGAAGCUGCAUUCCUCAUUGGGCUUGAAAAAAACAGUGAUGUUGUUGAGAUGGCAAGCUAUGCACCACUUUUUGUACAUGUCAAUGACAGGAGGUGGAACCCAGAUGCAAUUGUCUUCAACUCCUCACAUCAAUAUGGAACUCCUAGCUAUUGGGUGCAACGUUUCUUUAUGGAUUCAAGUGGAGCAACUCUUCUUAAUUCUACCCUUCAAAUAAACUCCUCUACUUUACUUGUUGCAUCUGCAAUUAUUUGGCAGGACUCAGUGGAUAGUAAAAGUUACCUAAAAAUAAAGAUUGUGAACUUUGGGAGCAAUACAGUAAGUCUCAAAAUUUCUAUUGAGGGAUUGGAGGACAAUUCCAUACAGCAGUCUGGAUCAACAAAGACUCUACUCACUUCUGCUAAUCUAAUGGAUGAGAAUACCUUCAAGGAGCCAAAUAAGGUGGGGCCUAUGCAAAGUCUGCUUGACAACGCUGGCAAGGACAUGGAUGUUGUACUCUUGCCAUUUUCUUUAACUUCAUUUGACUUGUUAACAGAAGCAAACAAUAUCAGGAUCACAGAUACUGAUUCUUUCUCCAUAUCUUCAAUUUAAAAACACAAAACAACGCAGUUGUAUGGAAAAAGAAAAGAAAAAAAAAAAGAGAAACGUUUAAAUAAGCGUUUGGCCAGCAUAUUUGAUCUUUGUCAAUGUAGUUGGCAAACAUAAGAAUAUAAAUAUCUAUAUAUCUAUGCUCCUGGCUUCCAUUAUCAAGCCUGUAUAUCUUUUCCUGGACUCACUUUUUAUUGGAAUAAUUACAUUAUAGCAUUGUCAGUUUCUCUUA